CCCAAGUAUUAUUUGGAGAAAAGCCGAUAAUUGAAUAUCGUCCUCCCUUCUUGAAUGGAUUAGAACUUGAUGCCUUCUUUCAAAAAUAUCAAAUUGCAUUAGAAGUGCGAGGGAAUCAACAUCGGCUUCAUCACACCAGCUGGUAUAAAGAUGUCAAGAAACUCAAGGAUAUUGUUGAUCGUGAUCGGAAGAAAAGAUACAUGUGCCAAGAUAACGGAGUUUUUCUUCUUGAGGUAUGGUAUGAUGAAGCUUCUAAAAUUUUUGAUCUAUAA